UCACAAGUCACGACACCACGCCAUUGUUAGCUGUCCUCUCGUUUUAAUAUUCGUUCCCCUUCCUCCUCUCCUGUUCUUCUCUUCCACCCACCCGAGCUUUAGAGAGGGAGAGAGAGAGAGAGAGAGAAUAUUUGGGUAUAUUUCGAAGGAAGAACAUAUUUUGCAUCAUUUCAGUUUGGCAUUUGAUUGGGGAGUUUUUUUUUUAAUUUUAUUUCCUCUUUAAUUUUUUUUUUCGAGGGGGGGUGGAAUUCGGGUCCUGAUUUUUCCCGUAAAGUUUUAGGACUGUGUGUUGUCACCAUUUGACUGAGGAAGGAGGAGGAGGAGGAGGAAGAGGAGGAGGAGGGAUCUGAGGAUUUUCCUCUCUCUUAUUACAUAAUAACAGUCCAAGGAAAUCUCUCGUAUCUCUCUGGUAAGCAAAAGGGUCGUCCCAAUCCCCACCCCCAGAAGAACUCCUCGGACAGGCAAUAAAAAGUCUCUGUCUUUGCCUCUUUGGGCUGUUUCUUGAUUCUGCAAACGACAGGGACAAGCCUCUGCCGCGCUGGGAGCUCCCUUCUGUCUCUUCCCCCCAACCAAACCAAACCAAACCAAGAAAGAUUUCCUUUGCUCCCACUUCCGGCUUUCCAAAUCGAGAAUUUGGGGAUUGAUAUCCGUGUCAUGUUCAGCUCAAACGCCUCUGAUUCGGGCUCCACCAGCAGAAAUCUCAGAUGGGCAUCUCAUCUCCAGUCUUUAGCUUAGAUCGUCAAUCAAAGAUCACUUCUUGAGAUCUAAUUCUCCAGGUCUGUGUGGUGUGGGCAUUAUUUGUUCCUUCUGAGGAGGUCAACAUUGCAUUACAUAAUAAAGGAGAAAAAAGAUGAUGAGGACCAAGGCUAGAAUGGGAGGAGGGCUCAAUGGAAGCUCCGGCGCCGGGUCGGGACGAGUCGAGUCAGGAGUGGAAGAGUGGGAGAUGAGACCCGGCGGAAUGCUGGUUCAGAAGAGGAACCCCGAUUCGGAUUGCCGCGCCGCUCCUCCUCCCCCGACGAUCCGGGUUAGGGUUAAGCACGGCUCGAUUUACCAUGAAAUCAGCAUCAGCUCUGCCGCCAGUUUUGGGGAUUUGAAGAAGAUGUUAACGGGGCCGACGGGUCUGCACCAUGAAGACCAGAAGCUGAUAUACAAGGACAAGGAGAGGGACUCCAAGGCAUUCCUCGACAUUGUUGGGGUCAAGGACCGGUCGAAGAUUGUGCUCGUUGAGGACGCCCUUAGCCGGGAGAGGCGGUUCCUCGAGAUGAGAAGGAACGCGAAGAUGGAGAAGGCAUCUAAAUCCAUCUCCGAGAUCAGCUUAGAAGUCGAUAGACUUGCAGGCCAGGUUUCAGCUAUGGAGUCGAUAAUCUCUCGGGGAGGAAAAGUCGCGGAAACGGAUGUGUUGACCUUAAUUGAAUUGCUGAUGAACCAGUUGCUUAAAUUGGAUGGCAUUAUUGCUGAUGGGGAUGUGAAACUGCAGAGGAAAAUGCAGGUGAGAAGAGUUCAGAAGUAUGUGGAGACUCUGGACAUGUUGAAGAUCAAGAACUCCACGCCCAGCAGCACUCAACAAGUUCACUCGAACGGGUCGAAGUCUGUCACAGCCCCACCCAAGCAAAGCAGGCAACUGAACGGUCACUCUCAGGCCCAGCAGCAGCAGCAGCCGCUGCCCAAACAGGCGUCCACCGAGCAGACGCCGAGGCACUCCACUUCCGGGACGGUCGUGACCACGCAAUGGGAGACCUUCGACUCCGCCCCUCCAUUGAUACCAGUCGACUCGACAAGCAGUAGCACGACGUCCACCCCGACAGUCGCCAACAAGAAUCCGGUCCAGCCCAAGUUCAACUGGGAAUUCUUCGAGUAAGAAUUAUUAGAGUUAUUAGAAAUACGAGAUUUUUUUUUCCUUUUUCUCUUUUUUUGGGUUUUGUGUGUGUGGAUGGUGCAAUUUGGGUGUGUGUUUGUUCAUCACAUUGCCUCCCCGUUUCGAUUUUUCUUGUGAUUCUUUCUUGUAUUUAGAUUUAUUAGCCGCCCCCACCCCCCCUUCUCCCCCAACUUUCAUAUGACAUUUACAAUUAUCUGAAAAAUAAAUUUGGGGGUUGCAUAAUUGUCGCUCUCCUACCAUUCAUCAA